CCUCCCAGGAAAGGAAAAGCAGCUCUGUCUCGCUCGCUCUCCCUCCCCCCUCCUCUGUCCUGGCGGCGCCCUCCCCACCCCUCUUCGACGCCGGCGCAACCUCCACCUCCGACGCCGGCCGGCUCCCCGCGUCCCCCGCAGCGUCGCGGCUCCACCGCCGGCUGCUGACCCGAAAUUCUGAUGCUAAUUCGCAAGCUCGCGCUGUUCAUUCUUGGGCUGUCCUCUCAAUAAGCUGAUUAAGGAAGCCUGGUCCAUGAGGUGUGAUUCCUGCGUGGAUUCACCCUUACUCGAAUGGCGUGGUCAGUGUAAGGAGGAGGAGGGGGUUUGCGUCCCUCGUCUAUGCGCCGUGCAGUGCCGGGGUGUCUGCGUCGAGCCCUUUUGAACAGACAUCGACCCCUGGAUCCACGCCUCUCUUCUCUGGCCUGUUGCGCCAAGAGCUUGGAUGAUGAUGAGGAGGAACCCAGUCAGCGCUCUGUUGGCAAUGAGGAUAGACGCCAGUAUUUUCAUCCUGUGAUCACACGAGCAAUCCGGACAUCGAGCUGGGAUGAUGCCAGGAAGAUCAGCUUCAGGGAGUGUGUCAGGGUGUAUGGGCUACCCCGGUCGAUCGGUCUGUUUGCGUUGCUUAUGCAGUCCUUCUUGCCACGGAGGAUUAGGGAGGUCCGGUGCCUGAUUCAGAGCGUCGUCGACCACUUUGGGAAUGCCGGGCCGGAGUUGUUUGAGUUGGCGUCCUUGUUGGCUAGCAAUUUGGGUGGGUCGAUGACGUUGGUACAGGUUUAUGCCACAAUCAUCCGGGUUUUUGUAGAGCUGUCGAUGUUUGAGGAUGCUCUCCUCACUUAUGUCGAGGCCAAGAAGGUUGGAGUUGACUUGCAGGUAUGCAACUUCUUGCUGAAGCGCUUAGUUGAGGGGAACCAGAUCAUGUAUGCAAGGAGUUUGUUUGAUGAUAUGAAGAGUUCUGGUCCUUCACCAAAUAUCUACUCUUAUUCAGUUCUGAUGAGUAUGUAUACACAUGGAGCCAAGUUAUGCCUGGAGGAAGCUCUAGAGCUUCUUUCUGAAAUGGAAACGGAAGGUGUGAGGCCAAAUGCUGCAACCUAUGGCACUUACCUCUAUGGGCUUUGCCGUGCCAAACAGGUGAAAUCUGCAUGGAACUUCCUUCAAAUGCUGUGUCAGAGAGGCUACCCUUGCAACAGCUAUUGUUUUAAUGCAGUUAUUCAUGGUUUCUGCCAUGAUAAUCAGGUUCACAAGGCCAUAGAAGUGUUUGAUGGGAUGAAGAAGUGUGGGUUUGUCCCAGAUGUUCACAGCUACAGCAUAUUAGUUGAUGGCUUAUGCAAACAAGGGGAUGUUUUGACAGGCUAUUACAUGCUCGUUGAGAUGGCAAGGAAUGGGAUCAGUCCUAAUCUGGUGAGUUAUAGUUCGCUUUUGCAUGGUCUUUGCAGAGCUGGAAGGGUUGAAUUGGCGUUUGAGCUUUCUAAGAGGCUGAAAGAUCAAGGAUUCAAGCAUGACCACAUAGUUUACAGCAUCGUUCUUCAUGGUUGUUGUCAACAUCUAGAUCUAGAGAUUUGUUACGACCUUUGGAAUGACAUGGUUCGUCAUAAUUUUGUUCCAGAUGCUUACAAUUACAGUAGUCUGAUAUAUGCGUACUGUAGGCAUAGGCAACUGAAAGAAGCAUUGGAGGUGUUUGAGCUCAUGGUCAGUGAUGGGAUAUGCCCCAACAUCGUGACCUGCACAAUUCUUGUUCAUGGCUUCAGCAACGAAGGGCUGAUUGGUGAGGCCUUCCUGUUCCUGGAUAAAGUACGCCAGUUUGGGGUUGUCCCCAACCUCUGUACAUACAGAGUUAUCAUCAAUGGCCUGUGCAAGGUCAAUAAACCUAAUGACGUGUGGGGUAUUUUCGCAGACAUGAUAAAAAGGGGCUAUGUUCCUGAUACUGUGCUUUACAGUAUUAUUAUCGAUGGUUUUGUGAAGGCUUUGGAUCUGCAGGAGGCUUUCAGGUUGUAUUAUAAAAUGGUCGAUGAGGGGACAAAGCCUAAUAUCUUUACAUAUACCAGCCUCAUAAAUGGUCUGUGCCAUGAUGAUAAACUUCCUGAAGCUAUGACAUUGCUUAAGCAUAUGAUUGGGGAGGGGCUGACACCAGACAGAAUUCUGUAUACGUCUCUGAUUGCAUGCUAUUGUAAGCGCUCAAACAUGAAGGCCGCUCUGGAAAUCUUUAGAGAGAUGGAAACAGAGGGUUUGUCAGCAGAUUCUUUUGUCUACACUUGUUUAAUUGGUGGCUUCAGUAAAGUGCUUGCGAUGGAUGGCGCACAGUUGUUUAUGGAAGAAAUGAUAAACAAGGGGCUUACACCUACUGUAGUAACUUAUACAGACCUCAUAAUUGGAUACUUCAAAAUUGGAGAUGAGAAAAAAGCUAUGGCGAUGUACAACAGUAUGCUGCAGGCAGGCAUUACGCCGGAUGCCAAGCUGAGCUGUAUAUUGGGCCUUGGUAAUGAUGGGGAUGAUUUUGGUGAUUCUCAGGAAGAUAAGGAUGUAUCAUAGUCAUAGGUUAUCACAGAGCUACGGUAACUUGGUCAACAGAAUGAUUCCAUAAGGUGAUGAGCUCAUGGUAUUGUUGCAUCAAGUAUUAGUUCCAUCUGUUCCCUUUGCUUCCGCCACUGCCAUCAUCUGAACAAGUGAGGGAAAGAAACUGGUCAAAGUUUUCACUUUGAUGAUGUCAUCCUAUUCAAUACCUGUAUGGUGUGAUAGAUAAUUACAGGCAACAAGUUUAUGAUUGAUUUUGACAAUUUUCUGUUCAAGGCUAGGUGUUCAGCUGGAAAAACCAAAGCUAUUUUUUGUACUGUUGGAAGAUACUCCUCAAGUUAGAUGAAGAGGUGAAAUGAUAUCAGGGUAGCAAACAAAAGCUUCUGUCGCGUGAAACAAGCUUUUUGGGUCAGCAGACUUUCAGUCAUGUAGCUUUUUGACUGCGGAUGCUGAAAGUUCAGUUAGUGUGCAUGUUUCAGAAUGUGAAGAUGCCGAGACAGGUCUUGCUGUUUAUCUGUCUCCAUUUAGCAUCAUCUGCACUGUUUAGGUGUACACUAACUUGUACAUAAUCAACAAUGGAACUUCUUUCAGUGCAUCUAAAGAAACAUUUGGUGGUGCAAAUAACUGUUGAUCAAGCUUCAGAUACCACCCUUCUGAUGAAAUGCUUCAGCCCGUGGAUGGAUUGAAUAAUGCAAGUGACCAGGAGAGAAGGUGCGUUAGCUGGGGCUAUCCAUGUCGGAUCGCUCACGAGGAGAAGAGGAAGAGCAGAGCAGCAAGGAAGCUUCAUCCUGCUGCCAUACCAAGGAAGCCAUGCCCACACCAACACAUACAAACAUUUUUCCUCCCCACCCAUGCAACCUGCUUGUCUCUCGCCCAGCGAGGACCGUGGUUGCCACUUGUCACGCCACUGUUUCCUAGCACCCUCAACGACCAGGGAAGCAGCCGGGUGGAGACAGGGGCAUUCUCCUUUUUAUCCGCAGCUUCCGCCUCCUGCAUUAUAGGUGCUGCUGUCGACGCUGCUCCUUCUCUUCCCCUCAGGAGGUAUGGAGAAAUGGUGAUACUGUUCGCAUAUCAAAUUGGUACUCAACUAGACAAACCCGAGGUCCAACCAAGCUAGCAAUAAUCAGUGGCCAUUUCUUUGAAUAAGCAAAUUAUCUGAAUCUCUUUAUCGUUUCUUUAUUGAUAUACUCGGAUUUUCGUAAUCUUCAUUUUGACAACUACAGUAUGGGUGGAGUGGAGAUAGUACAGUUCGUAGAGACUACGGGUAGACCUAGUGUUCUUCAAAUGUCCAGUGUCUUUCCCUGGCGGGCAUCGCUCUUUCAUUCAAUUGGCAUUUUGUACAAAAAUAAAACAUGGCCUGUUAACUGCUCAUGCAACUUUUUGCUUGCGGUUUCGGUA